AUGCGCUCGGGUGCCCAAGUGCACCACUCGGUGGGGUCUGUCCUCUUCCAGCGCCGGGUUAUGCCAGCAUCCUUCUUCCCUCGGCUCCUGUCACCAGUCCCUGGCUCCGCCCUUCUGAUCCUGCAGCCAAUAGAAACCCCCGACAACUUUCCUCCGCCCCAAACCCUUUCCACACCCCCACUUUCCGGGAGCUGGUUGGCUGCUGCAGCCUUAGCGAAGCUGCUGUAUUUGCAUGGUGGUCCUGGUUUCUGCCUCAGCGAGGAAGUGCCGGGGCUGCUCUCAGGAGCAGUUCGCAGGGCAGCGAGGAGGCAGCCCCGGGCAGCGGCCGUACGCACCGUCCGAGCGGCCAGGACACGGGAGCGCAGCGUUCUCCUGCCCCAGAGCGGGCCGUCGCGCCGUAAGAGCCGUCCCCAGGCCAGCAGUUGCCGCCACCCGACUUUCUUUCCAGCUUUCCCCAGGCUGCUGUUCCAGACAGUACCAGCCACCCCGUUGGCUGCGGCCCAGGAGAAGGCCGAGGGCGCCACGAGCCAAGAGGAGCAGAGUCCCGAGGCGCCGGACUCCCCCAGCCCCAUCUCCAGCUUCUUUAGUGGGUCCGGGAGCAAGCAGCUGCCGCAGGCCAUCAUCAUCGGCGUGAAGAAGGGCGGCACGCGGGCGCUGCUCGAGUUCCUGCGCGUGCACCCCGACGUGCGCGCCGUGGGCGCCGAGCCCCACUUCUUCGACCGCAGCUACGACAAGGGCCUCGCCUGGUACCGGGACCUGAUGCCCAGAACCCUGGACGGGCAGAUCACCAUGGAGAAGACGCCCAGCUACUUCGUCACCCGGGAGGCCCCCGCGCGCAUCUCGGCCAUGUCCAAGGACACCAAGCUCAUCGUGGUGGUGCGCGACCCGGUGACCAGGGCCAUCUCGGACUACACGCAGACGCUGUCCAAGCGGCCGGACAUCCCCACCUUCGAGAGCUUGACGUUCAAAAACAGGAGCACGGGCCUCAUCGACACAUCGUGGAGCGCCAUCCAGAUCGGCAUCUACGCCAAGCACCUGGAGCACUGGCUGCGCCACUUCCCGCUCAGCCAGAUGCUCUUCGUGAGCGGCGAGCGGCUCAUCAGCGACCCGGCCGGCGAGCUGGGCCGCGUGCAGGACUUCCUGGGCCUCAAGAGGAUCAUCACCGACAAGCACUUCUACUUCAACAAGACCAAGGGCUUCCCCUGCCUGAAGAAGGCCGAGGGCAGCAGCAAGCCCCACUGCCUGGGCAAGACCAAGGGCCGGACCCACCCCGACAUCGACCCGGAGGUGGUGCGGAGGCUGCGCGAGUUCUACCGGCCCUUCAACCGCAAGUUCUACCAGAUGACCGGGCACGACUUCGGCUGGGAUUGAAGGCACCCGGCCCGCGUCGCUUACCACUUGGCUUAUAUAUUGAGAGAGAUUAUAUGUAUGUAAAAUGUACAGAAAUAUAUUUUAUAAUAAUUUAUUUUUAAUUCAUAAGCAAUUAAUUCACUAAGCUGCCUAGCCACACUCUUUAGAGUUACCUUCAUAAUCUCUUAACAUUCCAAAGUGUUUAACUCUAAUAUUUUGUUCUUUUUCUCACAAUUGAUGGUGCUUCCAUUUUCCCCUCCCUGCCCAUUAUAUUUAAAAAGAAGAAAAGCACAACUUGAGUUUUUUGUUGUUACGGGUACGCAGCCUUCGAUCGCUGUCUGAAUUCACUUGCCGCCUCCUGAGUGGGUCUCACAUCCCAGCUUCCUGCCUGGGUACCACGCAGGAGCUGCCUCCGCAGAGCGGCACUCGGAAAGUGGGGCCCCACGAAGCGGCUUCCUCUCCACGUGAUGCCCUUUCCAAGGAUGCAGAUGCCAGGCCCUGGUGCUAGAGUUCUCCCUGCUCAGCGCAUGGGGGUUACUGCCUCGGCAGGGACACCCACAUCCUUAGAGCCCGAGUGCCAGGGCCUGUGUACUUCAGAUUUUGAGUGUGAAGGAUGGCCUUGCCUCUUCUUGUGCCCUAGUCCCUGUGUCAUUAACCAGCUUGAAGUGUAUGCAAAUGUUAGCCCCUCUUUCCCAGGUCGCGUGUGUGAGAUGAUCAGGUGCUGCUUUAGAAAUAAAGACGGUCUCUUCUAACUUG